AUGCAUGGUUUCAUUGAAGAUACUUUGAGGAUGCGUCUUUUCCCAUUUUCUCUAAAAGACAAAGCCAAGCAUUGGUUUAAGUCUCUUGAACCCAACAUUGUCACUUCAUGGACUCAGAUGCAGGAAGAGUUCCUGAAAAAAUAUUUUCUCAUUGGCAAGACCAAUCAAAUAAGGAAGUCUAUAAUUAGUUUUGCACAAUUUGAGGGAGAACAAUUCCACGAGACAUGGGAAAGACUGAAAGAUUUUUUAAGAAAGUGCCCGCACCACGCUGUUCCUAAAUGGCAACUGGUGCAAUGUUUCUAUGAUGGCUUGACUGAGCCACAUAGACAGAUGGUUGAUGCUUCUUGUGGAGGUACUUUUAUGAUGAAGAGCGAGAACGAAGCAUGGAUUUUGUUUGACAAUUUGAGUGAAAAUUCGGUACAACAUGCUUCAACUAGUCGUAGGACUCUUGCUCCCAAAGCUUCCAAGACAGAAAAUAUUUUUGAAGCAAGUACCCCAUUCGAUGUAACCACAAAGGUGGAUGCAUUAUCUAGGAAGAUAAACCAGCUCAUGGCAGCCGGCUUUGCACCCACCUCCCCUUCACACAUUUCUCCACAACAAGAACCCUGCUCAUUCUGCUCUAGCACUAUGCAUCACGUAAGAGAUUGUCCUGCCGUUGGGCAAUUCUCUGAACUUUCAACUGAGCAAGCUAAUGUUGCCUUCGCAAGACCGGGAAAUGAUCCAUAUUCCAACACUUAUAACCCCGGAUGGAGAAAUCACUCCAACUUUUCGUGGCAAGCUCAAGCAUCUGACAAUCCUAUGCCACAGCAUUCCAAUCAGGCCUUCCGGCCACCAUCCAAUAUUUAUCGUCCUCCCCACCAACAAGCUCAAUCAAUUCCAUACCCUCCCAGGAACUCUGCUUUUGAGGAUAAAGUGAUGGCCGCUCUCGGAAAACUUGAGUCACAAACUCAGUUGCUGAACUCUCAUUCUCAAUCAAUUUCCAAGUUAGAAACCCAAGUUGGGCAACUAGCUAAUACUCUCAAUAGGAGAAUGGAAGGGACUCUGCCAAGCCAACCAGUGAUGAACCCUAAGGGACACUGUAUGAUUGAUGAGAAUACUGCUAGCAAUUCUCAUCAUGACCAAGUCCAAGCAAUCACUGUACUGAGGAGUGGAAAACUAUGGACAACAAGGUGGAGGAGAAGAAAGAUGAAGAAUCUGAAACAUCCAAGAAGCUGA